AUGGCCUUGCCAUUUCGUUCCAGCUGGGGGUAUGCUGCAGCGAUCUCGGUUUCCCUUUUGCUACUCGCCGUUGCCAUAGUCAGAACAUAUGUCGAGCAGUAUGAAGUCUAUACUAAUAAACAACAUAUCUUUACUGUAUCAACAGGAGACCCUGUCGUUAUGGAUAUCUAUAAUACUGCCCAUUAUCAGCUUGAUGAGGAUGGGAUGCAAGAAUAUGCCCACCUUAUGCCCCUCAGUGGACACACCGUCUACGUCAGCGAGAAUCCUGGAGAGGCGCCCGAUGUCUAUACAGUAACUUUAUUCCACCAACUAAAAUGCCUGGAAAUUAUCCAUCGCGAGUAUCUUGAUCCCUCCCUCCCUCUCAUCCCAUCUGCACUCCUCAGCCAUUGCCUUAACUACCUGCGACAAACAAUUUUAUGUCGCCCAAAUCUGCGACUGGAAUCCGUAACAACGCGUUCAGCGAAGUCAGCUCAAGGGUAUGAAGCGGUCUGCCGGGAUUGGACAGAAGUAUAUGAGGAGGCGGAGAGAAACAAUAGAGUAUACUUUAACACUGGUAAUAGUACCGAAUAA